CGGAAGUGUGGUAGGGACGCUGUAAUCACGAGUGCGGAACCGUUUAUAUUGCGGUAUUUGUGUUUUUGGCAUAUCUUCAAAAUCGGACGAAGUCUCACAACGUCAACAAAACCAAAGCCAUUGAUUUGACUUGAAGGAUGACUUGGAAGGGGAUACUGUUUAUCCACCUCUCCCUCUCUGUGUUUCUCAAGCUAUCCUCUUUUUGUGACUGUCAUCCCCACUCUCUUCAAACUAUAAAUCCAGGAUCUACUGUCAGGGUCUCAUCCAAUGAUACUGCAAGGGAAGCUAUAGAUGUAGCAGCUGAGAUAGCAGGCUACGCUGAUGUGGCUAAACAGAUCAUUGACCUGGCUGUGUUUGGUGCUGCUCAGAACCGCUCUUAUAGACGGCUGGCAGACUUUACAGACACUAUAGGAAACCGUGUCAGUGGGUCACACAACUUGGAGAUGGCAAUUAAAUAUAUGUACAAUGCCCUGUCACAGGAUGGAUUGGACGUACAUCUGGAGCCAGUGAAAAUCCCACACUGGGUAAGAGGGAAGGAGAGUGCAGAGAUGACUGCACCUCGAGCCAAGACUCUGGCUAUACUGGGAUUGGGUAGCAGUGUAGGAACACCGCCUGAAGGUAUUGAGGCAGAGGUUUUGGUGGUUCAGUCUUUUGAGGAACUGAAGCGUAGAGCCAGUGAAGCCAAAGGAAGGAUUGUAGUUUUUAACCAGCCAUUUGUUAGCUAUGGAGAGACAGUGGCAUACCGUGCUUAUGGUGCCUCUGAGGCAGCCAAAGUAGGAGCUGUGGCCACACUCAUUCGAUCAAUCACGCCAUUCUCUAUUAACAGUCCCCACACAGGUUGGCAGGACUAUCAAGCUGGAGUGAAGCGCAUUCCUUCAGCCUGCAUCACUGUGGAGGAUGCAGAGCUGAUGUGGCGUAUGGCACAGAGAGGUCAGAAGAUUGUGGUCAAACUCACCAUGGGAGCCACGACUCUUCCUGAUGCUGACUCUUUCAACACAGUGGCUGAGAUAAGAGGUUGGCAGCACCCUGAGCAGGUUGUCUUACUGAGUGGACAUUUGGACAGCUGGGAUGUAGGCCAGGGUGCCAUGGAUGACGGGGGUGGAGCCAUCAUUUCCUGGGAGGCCCUAUCGCUCAUCAAAGACCUUGGUUUGCGUCCAAGGAGAACUUUGCGAACAGUGCUGUGGACGGCUGAGGAGCAGGGCGGAGUCGGAUCACAGCAGUACUAUAAUCUACACAAGGUAAACAUGUCCAACUUUGACCUCGUCAUGGAGUCUGACUUGGGGACAUUCACCCCUGUUGCUCUGCAAUUUACAGGCAGUGAUGCAGCACGAAAGGUGAUGGAAGAAGUGGUCAAACUUUUGGCUCCCAUUAACACAACCAAACUUGAGGCCCAUGGUGAAGGGACAGACAUCUCACCAUGGAUGCAGGCAGGAGUUCCAGGCGCGAGUCUCCACGUGGCAGACAGCCGUUACUUUUGGUUCCACCACAGUGAAGGUGACACCAUGACCGUCCAGGAUCCUCGAGACAUGGACCUCUGCUCGGCACUGUGGGCCGUGGUUGCUUAUGUCGUGGGGGACCUGCAACAUGCUGCCCAGAUAGCACGGCCUGCUGUGAACUCAGUGCCCAGUGUCGGCUCAGUCUCAGUGCCCCCAGUGUCGGCUCAGUCUCAGUGCCCCCAGUGUCGGCUCAGUCUCAGUGCCCCCAGUGUCGGCUCAGUCUCAGUGCCCCCAGUGUCGGCUCCGCCUCAGUCUCCCCAGUCAGCUGUGGCUCCUGCAGCUUUCCCUCGGCCGGCCUCUGCGGAGCUCCCUGCACCCGCUCCUGUUCCGCGGGGGGGGGGGCAGCCCCGGACGGGCGGGCCUCUGCACCCGUUCCUGUUCCGCGGGUGGGAGCACCAGCGCCUCAGUCACCUACGCCGCCUGCAAUAG